GUAUAAGUAGCUUGGCAGCGCUCCGAGCUAACACAAACUUCAGUUCGGGGCAUCGCAACAGUCUUUUCCUUUUGCCCGUUUCUUCUAAUUUAUUUACAAUAUACAAGAUGAUCACUUGCUGCUGUAUGUUGCUGUUGCUUGUCACUCUGGUGACGGGAGCGAGCUCUGACUGCGACGCCUGCGUCGCGGGCCGGUGCCACUUCCGAAAGCCCAUCUUCACUGGAUUCCCCGUAACGGACCAGCUCGCCAUCGACCGCACCGAAAAUAUCCUGUAUCUACAGCUUUAUGAAAAUCAGAAUAUUGCCAUCUUUCUAGAUGACCUGCAAAUCAGAUUGGUUAACGUGAUGAGAACCUCAGGAAGAGCGUUUGACCAGCAAUCCAGGGUAUUAUAUUUAGGUACUAAAGAAGUUAACGAUACAUUUUAUAAGUAUGAUAUAGUUAGUAAUAAAACAGAAGCUAUUUCAAUAGAGGAUCAUGACAGAAAACCCGAUUUUAUGUUUUAUGGUUACAAUCGCUUGCACUUUAUAGAUAAAAACAGACAUAGUAUGUACUUUUAUAAUACCGCGGAAAACUCAGUUUAUCAUUAUAACAUGUUAGUAAAUAACUCAAUCAGCCAUUUUGUUUUUAGUGGGAAGAACCUUUUAAUUGUAUCUAAUGAAACUUUAUAUUAUUACGAUAUUGAUGAUGACGGUGUGACUGAAAUUAGAAAUGGGAACUAUGUGCUAUCUGUGGACAAAAAUGAUAAUGUAUAUUUAGGAAAUUCAACUGACAGGACAAUUUAUAAGCGAGAUAGUAGCACGGGAGCGUUAGAUUUAUAUGCGUAUUAUAAUUCUGGCUUGAUAGAGGACUUUGUGUUUGAAAAAAAUGACCAUGUAGUAUUUCGGGAAGCGGACGGCAGCGUGGCGCAGUGGGUGCCCACUUUCCCCCAGAAGCUUUGCUCCGUCGAACCCCCACACUCUGGCUACUUUAUUCGACAAAUGGAAAAUGUUGACGACUCCUGUAUUAACUGAUCUUCCAUCUGUGUUUGGGCAGUAUUUUGGGCAUAUUUUCCAUAUCUUUUUGGUUUUUUUGAAAAGAAUUUUUCCUUUAAAAAGAAGUCGUGUGCUUUUUUGAAUCACAAUUUUAUUAACACACCAAUAUUUCAAAGAUUAAUUUUGUAAAAUCAUAAUUAUUCUAGCGUAGUCAGCUUAGCUACUUCUAAGCAGGUGAGGUAUUCAAAAUGUUCUGCACACAACUUAUUCUUUAAACUAAACUAAAAGCGUAAAGUCACACCUGCUGAGUUACUUCUGCUGCUGACUGGUCUACUUUCUCUAAGUAUGAAUAUGUAGCUUGAUUUACCUACUUAUUUAUUUUUAACUGAAAUAAACUUUUUUUAUAUAAUGUAA